AGUGUUUAUUAACGCAUUAGACCAAAAAAUUUAAUCUGCACUUAAAUCAAAACCCUCAAUUAAUGGAGUAGUUUUAUAUUAAAUUGUUUAAACGACUUUUUGAAUUUAAAAAGAUCCUGGUGGCUUUUUGCGGAGUUACAUGACAAACUUGUAAACUGAUAAGUACACUCAUAAGAAAACAAUUGCUACGUCCUGUCGAUAUUCACUCGUUUUUAAUUGUUAAGUGUAAAAUAUAAUUAUUUUAAGUUGCAAAGUUAGAUUUUAAUUAUAGGUUUUGUUCUAAAGAUAGAAACUUAUCAACAUCGUCGUCCGGUUUCGUUAUCGUAAGCACUUCCAUAUUUCUAUAUUUUUAAGACCAUGUGACCUUUGUUUACGAUUGCCAAACGUCAGAAAUCAGCUUGUCAGUGUGAGGUUAAGGUGAAGUUAGUACUAAUGACAAAAAUUCGUAUUUUUUGUAAUGAAAUAAUUAAAAAGAAAUGCUUCCCACGACAGGACGUUUUAAGGAUAUUACUUGCCCUUAUUUAGAAACAUCAUGUGGUAGGCCAUAUUGUCACUUCAGUCAUAAGAAGAAAAGUCAAGAUGAACCCUCGACUGUAUCUGAAGUUCCUACAUAUAAUCCAACUCCAAAAUCGCAGUUAUUACAUACGAAAAGUCAUAUUCCGAUCAGUUAUGUCCCUGACAUUAUAAGUAGGACAGAUCGCAGCAAUAGUAGAUUUAAUUCGAUUUUGGAGAGAUCUCAACAGGUUCAGCCAAUUUACAAACCUACACCUUUAAGCAUAUUAUCUUCAACUCAAAAAUUAACUAUCUCGUCUUCUGACCAAACAGAUACAAACAAGGACAGUUCUGAGCAGAAACAGCAAUUAAACAAUGAUAAAAGCAGUGAAUAUAAUCCUGAAUCAUGUAACAUUAAUUUUGAAGAGUUAUCGACAGAGUUUGAUUUAAUUGAUGAAAUAAUUAAUACUUCAGAAUCAGAAGAUGAGCAUAAGUCUGAAAAUAGUAAAUUAGUUGACAAGGAAACAGGUAAAGUUGAAAAAAAGACAGUUCAAAAGGAGAAAUUGAAUAAGGUUGAUUCUUCUUCUAGUAAGAAAGGUAAAAAUACAAAAUCUGAACAUAAAGGUGAUAAAAAGAAAGAUGACGACAAACAUUCAUCUGAAAAAAGUGAUUACAUUGACAAGAAGUCAAGUGACAAACAUGACAAAAAGUCUAGUCAUAAAAGUAAUAAAAAGUCAUCAGAUAGAAAGACAGAUGAAAAUAAUAGGAAAUACGUAUCUGAAAAAGGUGAUAAAAAGAGAGGCGAUGAUAAGAGUAAGAAAAAAAGCAGUAGUUCAUCCUCGAGCAAAGAAAGAUCUAAUAAGCACAGUACUAAUGCAAAAGCAAAGGACAAACACAGACAUAAAAGUAAAACCAAAGAUUCCAAGCAAGAUAAAAAGGAAAAUGUGGAAGAUGAAAUAAAAAAGAAAGAAAAUAAAAAGGAACAGGAUGUAAAAAUCAAGGAUACAAAAGCUGAAACAAAAGCUUGUAGUGAAAGUCUUUUUGAUGAUGGAUCAAGUGAAAUUUAUGAUGACAGUCACAAUAAUUUCGAUUCAGGUGAUGAUUUGUUAGAUAUUGAAGAAGAUGACGAUGUAAUGAAGGAAUGUUAUAAAAUAUUUAAUGAAUAUAAGCCUACAGAGCCGGAAAUUGAGCCCAAGAUAACAAAACUUCAAACUAUUGAAAAAGACGACGAACUUGAAUAUAUACCUACUUCAAAAAAACGAAUUGCUCAUGAUAAAGCAGAGAGCAUUACCCCAAGAAUUGUUAACAAGCCAAAAACAGGUCCUAAUCCAGCACUUAUGAUGGCCAAUCGUUUGAAAAUGGCAAGAUUGGCUCAAGCAGCGAACGAACACAAAAAUUUAAUGGCUGAAAUUAGUAGGCAAGAAGCAGUGAAACACAGUGCUUAUGGCAAACAAGAUGAAAAUACUAAAAGUAUAAAAAAUCACGGAAUAAAAAGGCCACCUGAUAAAGUAUCGAACGGCAGUUCAAAGCAGCCAAAAAUAAAUUCGGAUGCGUCCAAAAACAGUUCCAAUAAUUUACAGAAGACAAGAACACUUCCUUCCACAUCUUCGUCGCUGAUAGACGACAUUCUUGCAGGAAAAGCAGCCACGUCCACAACAAACAAACAGAAACGAAUAGCACCGGCUAUGAACGUGAAUUCCAUACAAAGGGCCAAGGCAAAAUUAGAGGAGAUAGCGAAACAGCGAGCGGCCACACUAUUAAAAACUCCUUCACAAACGUUCGGGAAGGGCGGCAAAAGAGUUGCCCACGUGCCCGAAUAUUCCUUAACCGAUAUUCCUGACGUCAUGGAAGCAGAAAGAUCAAAACUUCCGGUAAACGUUAGGACUCGGUACCUCACAAUGAUAGCUGAUGAAUGUGUUAAAUUAUACCUGACAAAAAAUGACGCUUAUCAGCGCGCCUUAAGGGAAGAAUUUAAGUGUUAUGAAAGAUGCUCUGUUUUAGCCACAUAUCGGAACUCCACCAUGCUGGCCGUAAACCGUUUACGUAAGGAGGUGCAGGAUAUGGAAAAAUCGGGACAAGGACCGCUCGGUCCCGGAGAAGAAUCUUUUAAUACUCGUGAUAUUAAUACAGAACUUAAGGGACGUAAAUUGUACAAAAAUAUCGAGCGAUUCAUCUUAUCUGAAGAGGAACUGAAUCAACACGCCUUUCCCCGCGAAGGACCUGUUCCAGGAGUGGCAGUGAUAGUACCAAAUAAACAAAUUCGUGGCACCCACUUGGAGUACAACGAGCGACAGUGUUGCCGUUGUUGGAAAAUCUACCGGGUCGACAGAGAGGGGUUCGCAGUUUACGAGGAAGAGUGCGUCUACCACCCUCUAAAAAAACGAACGUUACGGGGCGAGAGUAUUUAUUUAUGUUGUAAAAGUACGGACGAAUUGGGUUGUGCUACGGCCCCUUGUCACGUGUGCGACACUCCAGUGCCGGGCGAGUAUGAUCUCGAAGGGUACCAAACGACUUUCCCCCCCGAGGACGAUGAUGACCCCCGAAGUCACGCGAUUUACGCUUUGGAUUGCGAAAUGUGCUACACCACCAAGGGAUUAGAACUAACCAGGGUUACGAUCGUGAAUCCCGAAUGCCAAACUGUUUACGAAACGCUGGUAAAACCGAUGAACCCCAUAAUCGAUUACAACACCAGAUUUUCCGGUAUCACGAAAGACCAAAUGGAUCGUACCGCCACUACCAUAUUACAAGUUCAAGCUAACAUAUUACACUUGUGCAAUUCGAAAACUAUUUUGAUAGGGCAUAGUUUAGAGUCGGACAUGCGCGCUCUCAAAAUUAUACACAACACGAUAGUGGACACGUCCGUUUUAUUUCCCCACAAAUUGGGGUUACCACAUAAACGGGCCCUUCGGGUACUGGCUAGUGAAUAUUUGCAAAAAAUAAUUCAAAACGACAUGAGCGGCCACGACAGUGCUGAAGACGCUCUCACAUGUAUGGAAUUGGUAAUAUGGAAAAUUAAGGAAGAAUUGAAAAGUCGUGGUAUAAAAUCGUAGAAAACGUUGAAUUAGUGUAACAUUGCUAAUGCUAUGAUAAAUUAAUAGCAAACUUUACUUACCGCUGCGACUGAUAAAUAUUGCAACGCAUAUUUAUAAAAUAAAUUUAUCGCUGUUUUUAUGUACCGAAGAUGAUGAGUGAAUCAAAAUCGUUAAAAUAUAAAAUAGAUGUUUAUAAAGACACAAACGAAGUAUUUUCCAAUUUCGAUUUUUAUAAUGUAUCCGAAUACCGUUGAAACUGUUGAGCGUUGUAAAGACUUGUGUAAAUUUACAAUUAGUUUAAUUCGCUAAGAUUUCGUUUAGUUCUUUUUCUUUGGGUACCUAGAUAGGUUUCAUUUAUGAUUAAUAUUUAUGUUCAUAGAGUGUAAGUUUUGCUGCAUAAUUGAACGCUUUCAUGAUAAGUCGAAAAUCUAUACCAAUACAUAAGUGAUAAAUAAAUUAAAUGUUUAGUUCUUUUUCAAGAUUAAUAUGUUUCAUACCUUUUAUAUUUAUAUUUAUAUAUGUAUAUAUAUAUAUAGGUACGUAUACGAUAAGCGAGAUGUAUUAUGUUUCGUACUCUAAAAGAAGUGAACAAUGGACAGUGUUUCGAGCGAUAACGUGUUUUUAAAGACAUGGUUGUUAUACUAUAUGGUACUCUUUUUAAUUUAUCUAAUAAAUUUUUUUACCGAAAGGAAUUU